CCUGCCUUGGGUUGAUAUUGGCAAGAUUUCUCUUUGGAGUUUUGAACUCCCCUUCAGAGCACCAUGUACAUCCGCAGCCUGGUAGUCCUCACGUUCUGUUUUGCGGUCUUUGGCAAUCACCUAGCGCCGCUCUACGAAGUAGUGAAACCCAUACCUAACAGAUAUUUGAUAAAAGUCAAGAAUACUGGGAGAAACGCACUGAGUUAUUUGGUAGACGACCUUUUGGCGGAGAACGAGCGCAGUGCCCAACCCUAUCCCGGCUUUGGUCACAUUGAUAUUAUCGACGAGAUGGAUGGAGAUUACUUGAAAAUUUUGUUGGUUGAGCUGGACUACAAAUCUUUGAAUACGGUUCGAAGGCACCCCGCGGUGGAGUUCGUCGAGGAGGAAGACGGGCGUGCAAUAAGCAGCGAGGAUGACUUCGAUUUUGGCCAGUUCGACUCUUUGGGAAUCGACACCGAGGAAAAGAGAAGCCAGUCCAAGCGUCUAACCGAGGACGAUUUUCCGUACAAUGAGAAGGGAUUUAACGGGCUGGAUCGAAUCAAUCAGAGGGAUAAUGAACUUGACAAGAACAUAAGCUUUUCCGGAAAUGGAUUUGGUGUGAAUAUUUACCUCCUCAGUACUGGUGUCUUGCAAACUCAUGACGACUUUGAUUGUCGUGUAAGAAUGGCCUAUGACGUAAUGGGCAAAACUGGAGAAGAUUGUGCGGGUACCGGGACGAGCAUUGCGGGUAUUGCGAUAGGCAAGUCGGUUGGUGUAGCAAGAGCCGCUAUGGUGCACAGCGUCAGGGUACACGACUGCAACAGCACUGAGACUAGUGCAAGACACGUCGCUGGAAUGCAAUGGGUGGCAAAUAACCGUGCUAAGCCCUGCGUGGUGUUGCUAACCGCCUCCAUCAACAACGGGGGCAAGACCAUUGACGCGGCGGCAGAAGCCUUGGUCGAUGCCGGCUGCGUUGUCGUUGCCAAAUCGGCCCCGCUCAGAGACAGCCACUCUGAGAAAAGAGCCUGUUCCUUCUCCCCCGGCAGAUCUCGCAGGGUUAUCACUGUGUCUGGCACCUACAGAAACAACAGAAAAGCUGAUUGGGCGGGAGAUGGUAUUUGUGUCGACAUAUUUGCCCCAGGAUCGACUCUAAUGACUACCUUCCCUACCAACGAUGGAUACUACGAACUGGCCAACGGACCCAAUUUUUCAGCUGCCUUUGUAGCAGGCGUGGCCGCCAUUCACCUCGGCAACAAGGUGGAUGCAGCAAACGUGAAAACUCGGAUUCUCAACGACGCCACUCCUUGCGUGGUUGGCAACGACUUGAAGGGGGCGCCCAACCGCAUGCUUUACGUUGACCCUGGUCCGUAUUAUUAGCUGCCCAGCCCUCGGUGCACUGGGGGUCAGAUAAACAGCCCCAGUGAUGAAACAUGUUCCCGGGGUUCUGGUCACAAAAAGUUGUUUAAUGGAGUUGCAUUUAGAAAAUGAUAUCAUAAAUUGUGAGUAGUGUUGAUAAAUUAAUGUAAGUUCUUCAUUGUGCUUUUGGAGCGUCUGUCGUUUUACGAGUAAUUAAAACAUAUUUACCACUCAGUAUUUAGUAAUUUAACUGGUGAAACAAGCGCUCUUUAUUAAAUUGUUACGAUUGGGAAAAAAUAUGAGCAAAAUAAUAAUCAGCGCAAGCAUAAUAAAAUUGUGCAUAUUUCAUAUUCCUAUAAUAUCAAAACAAUGGAUAUACAACUCACUUGGAUUUAUGUAAAGUUGCCAAUAAAGGCCUACUAACAGACCAUAAACCCAAAUUAACCUUAACAUUUAUUCUUGACUAACUUCAUGUGUUCACAAACCCAAAAGCUCUUUUAAAUCUCGCUAAGUGCAUAUAUUACUCCAGUUAUUUUCCUUUUUGUCAUCACUGUUUGUAAAAGCUGAUUUCCAUUUAUGGGUAACUUAGUAACUUUCGGGCCAUAUUACACAGUAAAACUCGAGUGUAAAAUCGUUGCAUAGCCAAGUCCUUCCAACUUGUGUAACUUUUCUGGUAUCUUGCUAUUGAGAAAGAACCUUCAUACUUUAUGAGUGAAAAUGGAUAUAUGUAAUGAAUA